AUGGAAGUCUAUUACUACUAUUAUUUUGUAAAAUAGUGUUAGUGUAUUGAAAUAUUAUACUUUUCUUUAUUCUUUUACUGUCUACUUUUAUUUGCAUUCCCCCCCCCCCUUUUCUUAUCCCCCCCCCUUUAUAUUACAGUUUGGUUGCUCGGGUUGCGAAUGUGAUCCAUGCGGGAUGCACAUUCGCAACCCGCAACAUCCGCAACCUGCAGCGGUGCGUCUGCACACACACAGGUUGUGUUUCUGUGCAUGCGCAAAGCACGAUUUAGCACUUCUGUGCAUGUGCGACUGCUGAAACCUGGAAGUAACCCGUUCCAGUACUUCCGGGUUUCAGCGGUCUGUAACCUGAAAAAAACGCAACCUGAAGCAUCUGUAACCCGAGGUUUGACUGUAUUCUUUAUGUAUGGUUUAGUAUUGAUGUAUUUACUUUGCAAUAACAAAAAAAGUUGUAAAAAAGAGCGAGCGAGCGAGAGAGGAGCAAGGGCCAACUCCUUGGGAAUCCUGGCUCUGGGCAGCAUCUCACUGGUUUCCCCCUUUCUUCUCUCUGCAGGUCAGCUGCCAGAGGAGACAUGGGUCCCAGCUGGCCUCCAUUCUUUCUGCAAGGGAAGCAAAUGUGGUUUACAGUUACCUGCGACAAUAUGGCUCCAGCAACGUCUGGAUCGGCCUGGUAGCUGACCGUGGUACUUUGGUAGGUGCCUUUAGGACUCUCUGAAGAUGCUGACUGUACGAGCCGCUCAGCUCCCUUGAGCUCCUUCAGAUAUAGCUCACUGGCUCUCACUUCCCUCUGAAGCCACUUCCUUCCCCAAACGUCAAACCUUGAAGUCCUCAUUUGGAGAUGGGAUUAUUUCUCGGAGUGGCUCUGUGGAAGGUUCUGGAACUCCAGCUCCAGAUCCUCGUUGUCUUUCCUCCUUGCCAACUCUCAUUGCGCUAUCUAUAAAGUCACAGAUUCUGUGACAUCUCCCCAACACUGUACAAAUUGUCAGUCCCCUUUCACCUUUAUGGCUCCGGCAAAAAUAAAUUAACACUGAAAUCCUAUACAUGUCCUGAGUAAAGCCCAGUUGAGUUCAGUGUUACUUACUCCCGGGUAAGUAUACAUGGGAUUGCAGGUUCUGAUCAUGAAAAUAAAAAUAUAUGUAAAUUCAGAUGAGUGGAAGGAGUGUUAGAUGAGACCUUUUCUAUCAUCUUUGUGGUCUUUUAUAUCAAUGUGGGACAAUAUAACUCUACUAUAAUUCACAUUGCAAUUUAUAGCUUGUUCCAUUUAAUACAUUUGCAUCUUCUAUGAUGCACACAUUGAAGUAUGCCCAGUAUCCCAAUCAGGUACUGACCAGACCCAGAUCCUUUUAGCAGCAGCAAUGUGGGUCUUAUUAGCACACCCUUAGACCUUAUCCUGGGCAAAAGGUGUAAUUAUGCUGACUUGUAGUUCAUAGCCAUAUGAUGAGAGCUGGUGUGGUGUAGGGACUACACCACAAAUCUUUGUGGAUAUUCAAAUCUUCCCGACUAUAAAGCUAACUAGUUGGCCUUGGACAAGUCACUUAUCUUCCAGCCUACCUAACCAAGCGCUUGUCAAGCUAAAAUGCUGCUCUGAUCUCCUGCAGUGGAGGCCAGGACAGAAAUAACAACAUUUCUUAGGGGAAGUGUGGUGGUUCAACAAUAUGUUCUAAAGGAUGCAGCAACCUUCCUGAAGCUAGGAUGGGAACCCCUUGGCCUUGUCAGUUGCGCUGAUUCCCCAGCUGUGUCCCCUCUGGGGAUGUGGGGAGCAAUGGGCUUGCAUUCCCCUUUUAUCACAAGACCUUCCUUUCUCCUUCUCUCUCUCCAGAAUAUGAUCUGGGAAUGGAGCGAUGGAUCUGUCUUCUCUCAACCCCUCUGGGAUGGCCGGAGCAUCAGCCACUCAAUCUCUUCAAGUGAAUGUGUCUCUCUUUCUUAUUCAGGUAUGCAGGAGGAGACACUGGGGAAGGAAAACCCAUUCCAUUCAAGGAAUUGAGGGGAAAUAAAACAAAUCCGCCCUCAGACACUCUGGAUGUUGCAAUGCAGUUCUCCAACCAAGUGUGUGCAAAAACACAUAUACCAUACUUGGGUAAAGGACCCCUGACAGUUAAGUCCAGUCACAAACGACUCUGGGGUUGCGGCGCUCAUCUCGCUCUAUAAACCGAGGGAGCUGGCGAUUGUCCGCAGGCAGCUUCCGGGUCAUGUGGCCAGCAGAACUAAGCUGCUUCUGGUGAACCAGAGUAGUGCACGGAAACGCCGUUUACCUUCCUGCCGGAGUGGUACCUAUUGAUCUACUUGCACUUCAUGUGCUUUCGAACUGCUAGGCUGGCAGGAGCAGGGACUGAGCAACAGGAACUCACCCCAUCGCGGGGAUUUAAACAGCUGACCUUCUGAUUGGCAAGCCCAAGGCUCAGUGUUUUAGACCAGUGUGCUUUAAAAUGCUAACAUCUGCAAAAGUAACAUGCAAAGGUCCAUUGUAUAUGGGGGAAUUGCCUUGCAAAAGUGUGUUGACUGGUUGAUAGUAAAGGUAAAGGGACCCCUGACUGUUAGGUCCAGUCAUGGACAACUCUGGGGUUGCGGCUCUCAUCUCCCUUUACUGGCCUUGUGCUGAUGAAUGUUCAGGAGGAGCUAAAAUACGGUAACCAGACCCACCAAGAAUCACAAACUGAUGUGGAAAUAUAGAGAACUCAAGAAUGGGGAAAUGGGAAACUGACAAAAAAUGAAAAGGACAGACUUACUUAUUCCUGUGCAGAAAGGGCUUGGCAAGGAAACUGAGGACGGGGAGAGAUGGGGCUCCAGAGAGAGAACCCCACUAGUUUCCUCUUUACACUUGGCACUUCGUAUCACCUGGGCUGCAUUUUUGUUUUUGAACUGUUACCUCCACUGGGGUCGGUGGGCAAAGUCUAGAGUGGUUCUUUGUCCCAGAGUAGGGCACAGGGAACUCUGCCCCAUGGAAAAAGUUGGAACUUAAUUUAAAUGCAGAAUUCAGCAUUUUGAUAGGCGGCUUCAGUGAAGUUUCAUUCAUGCAGGCGUGGGGAAUGCUAGAAAACAUCUCAAACGUCACAAAGAUCUCACAAACCAAGGGUUCUGUAUGACACAGACAGACAGACAGACAGACAGACAGACACCCUACUGGCAAAAGCAGAAUGGCUUGUUCAAAAUACUUCUGCUUACGUAUUUAUCAAAUCUCUUCUUUGCUUUUCCUCGUAAUUGUCUCCCUCUCCAAAACAGGAAAGGAAAUACUUGAUUUACUCGAAGUCUAUGUUCUCUCCCAAUUUCUGGACACUCCCUAACAUUCUCUCUCAACCUUCUGCCCUGCAGGUUCCCAGAAAUGGAUCCAGCGUUCCUGUACGACUACCUUGCCAUACCUUUGCAAAUACAAGGCCACCUAUUAGGCCUGAAACCCUGGACCUGAGAGGAACACCCACAGACCUCCAGCUUCCUGACAGGUCCAAGGCCAGCCCCCUUUC